GAGCCUGGAAGCCGUGAAUGCGCCGUGUAGACACGAACCGGGUCCGAAUCCUAAUUUCACUGAGGUCCACGGUGCAGAACUCCUUAUCCUUCCAUUCUUCAUCACUGCUCUGACUCCAGUGAAACCUUUUGAGUUAAAUAUUGUCUUUUACACUACAGUUGAUUUCCUCCAAAAAAAAAGGACGUUUAAAAAAUUUGCUGUCAUAUUUCUUAAAAAAAAAAAAAAAAAAAAAAAAAAAGACAGACUUCAUGUUAAAGGAGCAUAUUGGUCCUUUGCAAGAAUAUCCUUUUUUCCCCCCUUCUAAUUGAAACACGUUUAUCUAGCACCUCCAGGGUUGGGAGUUCGAAUCCCACCUCUGUCCUGUGCGUGUCCUCUUUGUGCUUCAGGGGUUUCCUCCGGGUCCCCAGGUUUCCUCCCCGAGUACAAAGACAUGCGUUGUAGGCUGAUUGGCGUGUCCGGAUUGUCCGGAUGGGUGUGUGAUCGAGCGUCGUCAUAAACAAGAAAAUCUUAAAGGGACCACCAGAUUAAAGCAACCACACUAGGCAAAACGCAGAUCAGGAAAGUGAACUGAAUUAGUAAUGUGAAGUGGGCGGGGUUAACAGACUGAGGUAAAUUCGUUGCCAUUAGCUUGACCGGCAAAGGCAUGAUGGAGAUCACAAAAAAAGGUUUCAAACAACUUUUCUUGUUUAAACCUUCAACAUGUUAAUUUAUUCGGGUGUUGUUAAACAAGUCCUGUUUAACCAAGGUUUAAUACUUAAACAGAGCCGACGCGCUGUCUUCCGACAUUUUUGUUUUCUGAGCUCGUCCGCACCAGUCCCGUUGCAUUAUGGGAUUUUUGACUCGCGUAGUGUCCAUCGGUUGCACGCUGCAAAAUCUCACCGGAAGCAGUACACCAUCCGGGUAUUUCUCUCCUACUGAGAAUUCGGACAUAACUACUACCCCUCUGGUGUACUGCUGUCCGCCUACUGUGUAGUAGGUAGUACACCAUUUCAGAUCAUCAUCUCAUUAUCAAGCCCUUUAUUACCUGGAUGAGGUUAUGAAAAACAGUAAUGCAACCCAGGACAGAUUUCUGCUGCAGUUUCCACACGUUACGUCCGUCAUAUGAUUUGUGGUGAGACACUUAUGACUUUCCUUCACAACCCCGGGCAUUGGUUGAUAUCUUUGGAACCUGAAUUAAAAAAAAAAACAAAACUCCACAAAAACAAAAGAGAUCUUCUGUAAGUUUAUUUUUGAAAAACAAGGUCUCACAUGUCUUAACUCAUCCAAGUGCUUUGGAAUUGCACAGUUUGGCUCAGUCAUAUUUCAACCACCAUCGCUAAUAUGCAGUACUGUACUGUAUGUACGUGGUAUUUGGUGCAGUCAUGAAGCUCUAGAACGGUUCAGCAUGCUCAAAGCAAGUGCUUCGGAGAGGUAUCGCAGGUCAAAUUUGUCCCAAGUCCAACUUGCUUCGUUCAAAAGAUGAAGUCUGAAGGGUGCCAUGACUUUGGAAGUGUUUCAGAAAAUCUCAGGUUCAGUGCUCCACUUGAGCCUAUGAAGAUGUUCGGCUUUCCCUCACCUGACAGCACUAAGUGGAAAUUCUUGUGUUCCUCCAUACCCUGUUCUUUAUCAUACACAGCCAAAUAAUCUUUAACGGACAGCAUGAUAGAAGUGGAUUAGGAUUAGUGCAAUACACUGGCGCAGUUUCAACCACAGAUGGAUCUUAAAUUUCUAAUCCCAAUCCCAGUUAACCACCACAAACGCCGCAGUCAUAACAGAAUUUUUGCACAAUAUUGGCUUGUUGCAUAUAGCACAUGAGUGUAAUGUACUUUACUAGUUUCUAAGAUUCACUUCAUCUUCUGAAGGACCUGGUGGAUAUAUGUCCAGAUGGAUCUGAGAAGUUGACCCCAGCGCUCAAGCAUCAUUACAGCUGGAACCAGUUGGACAUAGUUAACCUGUUUAAACCUGGACUUGACCAGUGGGACUAAAUGGGUUAAUUGGUGCAUCCGUUAAAUUUUUUAUUUUUUUUAAAUGUAAAACUGAAAACAAGUAAAACUUGAUGCGAUCUCUGUGCCACCAAGUGCGCCUGAAAUAAUAUACUUCAAACAUGAAUGAAGCUAUUGAAGACAUUUGACCUUGGUGUGACCUUGACCCUGUUAAUCAGUUUAUCUGUGAAUGAGUGGAAAAUUAGUCCCGACACCUUCUGACUAAUCAGAAUGGAAGAUAUCAUUGUGGGGUAAGGCUCUUAACCGUCAAACAUCUACGCUUUGAAUGGAAUGCACCCCGUGUCACUUGUAAGUCCGGUUAGAUAAAAGGUUCUUCCUAAUGAUUAACUGUAAACACAAAUGAAAGCUAUUCGCUGGAUAUAAGAGCACGCCUACUCCUUUGUUGGCUUUGCUUCGUGCAAACAUUUGGAGCAUUCAGAAAGCUUUUGACUGCGAUUUCUGCAGGAUGACAGCGGGAUGGCAGAGGCAAGCCGAGGCACGUCCAAAACCUGAUUGGAUCUUUUUCCGAAGGCACUCUCGUGCACGGCUGUACCUCGGUUACCUCAGUGAAACACAAAACAAGCCCCGAGGCUCUACUUCUCAGUCCGUACAGGAUUUCGUGGAAUUUUCGCCGAAAACUCCUCGAAUUGGCAAAAUCGCAUCGAAUCGGCGGAACUGUUUUGUUUUGGACGCUCUUUCAGAUUGAUGUUUGUCGGUAAAUGAGAACUUUUUAGCCGUAUGCUCCAUGUCCGACACGCGUGAGUCGAAGAGGGCUUUGGGUGAACACGCGUUAUGAUGACAUCACAUCUCGCGUCUUGGCCCAAAUCUGCGGGAAAUCUGCAGUAACGUCUCGCCUCUGAAUAUUGCGGAGUUUGCUGGAUUUUGCAUUGAUUUCUGCGAUCCUGGACGGACUGAGAUCUUGAUGGAGCUUUCUAAAUUUGUGCUUCACCUUCUGCUGCCGCUGCUGUGGUCCUAAACGGAGACCCAGACAUGUCCAUUUCCAAAAAAAAAAAAAAAAGUUUGUGAAUAAUCUCACCUAGAGACUGUGCACUUAAGAACUGCACCUGUACUGCUUGUUUUUACUCUCCCACGCGUGACUGUAGUGAUUUAUAAUCCCACGCUCCGGUGUCAUCCAGAAGAGGACACGUUCCCUUUCGAAUCUGGUUCCCAUCAAGGUUUCUUCCUCGUGUCAUUUCAGGGAGUGUCUGAAAUGCCUUGCCUUGUCACGUCUGGCUUGCUCAUUAGAGAUUUUGCGGACCACAAACGUCAACCAAUCAGCCCUGCAGAAAGCUUGCACUGCUUGUACAGCAACAGUGCUUUGGGGGUGUGGCUAUGGAGGGGACUUUGCCUCUAGAUAUAGCUGUGGUGGAAAUGACGGACGCUUUCCGACAGCCGUCGCUCUUCUAUCACCUGGGAGUGAGGGAGAGCUUCAGCAUGGCCAACAACAUCAUCCUGUACUGUGACUCCAACUCCGACUCCUUGCAGAACCUCCAGGAGGUUGUGUGCCAGAAAAACACUUCAUGUGCGGCGAACUACCUGUUUAUCCCAUACAUAGUGACUCCUCAGAAUAAGGUGUACUGCUGUGAGAGCAGCCUCAUGAAAGGCCUCAGUGAGCUGAUGCAGCCCGGUUUUGAGGCUCUGCUCGGUCCCAUCUGCCUGCCUCUGGUGGAUCGCUUGACCCAGCUUCUCACCAGCACACAGACCAGCUCCUGCCAGUACUUCCGGGAAACCAUUCUGAACGACAUCCGUAAAGCGCGGGAGCUGUACACGGGAGUGGAGCUCGCAGCAGAGUUGGGCCGGAUCCAGCAGCGACUGGACAACGUGGAGUGCCUGUCAGCCGACAUCGUGAUCAACCUGCUCUUAUCAUACAGAGACAUACAGGAUUAUGAAUCCAUUGUGAAGCUGGUUGAGACUCUAGAAAAGCUUCCAACAUUUGACCCCAUUGCCAACCCUCAUGUGAAAUUCCACUAUGCCUUCGCUCUAAACAGGAGGAACCAGCCUGGGGACAGACAGCGAGCUCUGGACAUCAUGCUGCCGCUGGUGGAGUCUGAAGAGCAGGUGGCCUCGGACAUUUACUGCUUGGUAGGACGCAUCUAUAAAGACAUGUUUCAGGACUCGCACUUCGCCGACACUCAGAGCCGAGACAGCAGCAUACAAUGGUUCAGGAGAGGGUUUGAAUCGGAGCCCACGCUGCACUCGGGUAUAAACUACGCUGUGCUUUUGCUGGCCGCUGGUCACCAGUUUGACUCUUCCUUCGAGCUCCGUAAAGUGGGUGUAAAGUUGAGCAGUCUCCUGGGAAAGAAAGGCAGUCUGGAUAAGCUACAGAGUUACUGGGAUGUGGGCUUUUUCCUGGGUGCGAGCAUUCUAGCCUGCGACAGCACCCGUGUUUUACAAGCAUCUGAGAAGCUCUUCAAACUUAAAGCUCCCGUCUGGUACCUCUGCUCGCUGGUUGAGACCAUUCUAAUCUAUCAGCACUUUAAGAAGCCUUCGACUGACCCACCAGGGCCUAAACAGGAACUACUGGAUUUUUGGAUGGACUUCCUGGUAGAGGCUACCAAAAAGGAUGUAUCGUCCGUCCGCUUUCCUGUACUGAUUCUGGAGCCCACUAAAGUCUACCAGCCGUCUUACCUGUCAAUCAACAAUGAUGUGGAACAGAACACGCUCUCCAUUUGGCACGUGGCUUCUGAUGACAAAAAUAAAGGGAUCCAUGAGUGGAAUUUCAGUGCAGCGUCAGUGCGAGGCGUGAGCAUCUCCAAGUUCGAUGAACGCAGCUCUUUCCUCUAUGUAGUGAACAACUCCGAAGACUUCCAGAUCUACUUCUGCACAGAGAUGCAUUGCAAAAGGUUCUGUGAGCUAGUGAACAGUCUGACUGAAGAAAGCUGGAAAGGUCAGGAUGAGGCAGACUGUGACUCUGAAACUUUAGAGUAUGACUAUGAAUACGAUGAGCACGGCGAGAGGGUGAUUCUGGGUAAAGGCACAUUCGGCAUCGUCUACGCGGGUCGCGACCUCAGUAACCAGGUGCGACUGGCAAUCAAGGAGAUUCCCGAGCGGGACAGCAGGUACUCCCAGCCUCUGCAUGAGGAGAUUGCCCUACACAAGCAUCUGAAACAUAAAAACAUUGUGCAGUAUUUGGGCUCCAUCAGUGAAGGCGGCUUCAUCAAGAUUUUUAUGGAGCAGGUACCAGGAGGCAGUCUCUCAGCACUGCUACGAUCCAAAUGGGGUCCACUGAAGAACAAUGAGCCAACCAUCGGCUUCUACACCAAACAGAUCCUGGAGGGACUCAAAUACCUGCAUGAUAACCAGAUCGCCCACAGAGACAUCAAGGGAGACAACGUUCUGAUAAACACCUACAGUGGAGUUCUGAAGAUCUCUGAUUUUGGCACGUCGAAGCGCCUGGCUGGAAUAAACCCCUGCACCGAGACCUUCACUGGAACAUUACAGUACAUGGCUCCUGAGAUCAUAGACAAAGGCCCUCGUGGUUACGGGAAACCAGCGGAUAUCUGGUCACUGGGAUGUACCAUUAUAGAAAUGGCCACAGGGAAACCACCUUUUUAUGAGCUGGGAGAACCACAGGCAGCCAUGUUUAAGGUGGGAAUGUUUAAGAUCCAUCCAGAAAUUCCAGACACCAUGUCGUCUGAGGCCAAGGCAUUCAUUCUGCGCUGUUUCGAGCCAGACCCGGACCUGCGCGCUGCAGCCAACGAGCUGCUCAUGCACGAGUUCCUCACUGUUACGUCUCGCAAGAAAAAAGCCAAGGGGAACAACUUCACAGCAUUGACCCCAGCAACUGAAUAUGUGCGUAGUAUCUCACUUCCUGUUCCGGUGGUGGUUGAGGACACGAGCAGCAGCAGUGAGUAUGGCUCGGUCUCUCCAGACAAUGAGCUGAGCGCCAACCCCUUCGUCUUCAAGCCCAGCGUCAAGUGCCUUAGUGAGAGAGAGGUCAAAGGGCAUCGCUCGCUCUUCCUCAGCAUCCCAGUGGAGCAGUUUGAGGACCACAGCGCCCCCCCGUCUCCGGAGGAGAAAGACCCGGGCUUCUUUAUGCUGAGAAAGGACAGUGAGCGCAGGGCCACGCUGCACCGCAUCCUCAUUGAGGACAGAGACAAAAUAGUCACCAACCUGCAGGAAGGGCUCACGCAGGGUACAGAGGAGACCAAGCUAAAGCACGAGCACAUUUCCACUCUGGUGGCCAGUCUGGGGGAUUUUGUACGAAUGGCUGACCGGAAGAUCAUUGCCAAUACGCUAUCGCAGCUCAAACUGGAGCUGGACUUCGACAGCGUCGCUAUCAGCCAGCUGCAGGUGGUGCUGUUCGGCUUCCAGGACGCGAUGAACAAAGUGCUGCGGAAUCACAACAUCAAACCUCACUGGAUGUUUGCUCUCGAUAACAUCAUCCGGAAAGCCGUACAGACCGCCAUCACCAUCUUGGUUCCAGAGCUAAGGCCACACUUCAGCUUAGCAUCCGAAAGCGACCCUGCCGACCAGGAAGACGUCGACGAGGAUGCCAUCGCUCACGGAAGCCUCACCGACAAACACAGAAGCCCGACCAUUGCCAACCAUGAUGACACGGUGGCCACAUCUGGAGUGAGCACGCUCAGUUCAACCGUCUCGGAGUCUCAGAACGCGCAGCGCUCCGUCAGCAUGGAACUCGGCCGCGUGAAGCUCGAGACUAACAGGUUGUUAGAGGAGUUGGUGAAGAGGGAGCGAGAAUAUCAGUGUAUCCUACGUCAGGUUUUGGAAGAGAGGGAGAGGGAGAUUAACCUACUGAAGAUUCGCUUUGAACCCAUUGAUGUUGCCACUCCCUCAGUGAGUGUGAGUUCAUUGGGAAACGAGUUCCCAACUGGGAAAACUUCAUUGGGAAGUGAGGCUGACCCUGAGCUGCUCAAAUGGCUCAGGCUACAUGGAGCUGAUGCAGACUCUAUAGAAAGGAUUGUAGCGGAGGAAUACACUCUGGACGACAUCCUUCAUUGCGUCACAAGGGACGACCUGAAAAGUCUGAGAUUAAAGGGUGGAAUCCUGUGUAAGCUAUGGAAAGCUAUUACAGAAUAUCGAGAGAAACCCGGCUGAGAUGGCGGCUUGCUACCUGCUCUACUUUAUUCUGGUGUGUUUACAGACCAAUACCCUGAGAACUCCUGCUCCAGAAACCACACGGAUACAUCACGACUAUGGCACAAGCUCUGGCCUGAUAUGUAGGAUAAAUUUGGUCAAGAUGCACAUUUUAUUCGGCCCUUUAUGCAACAUCCAGUCUUGACCGUGACUUGCGUGAAUGUGAUUUUGGGCGAGGCCUGAACCAUGGCUCAUGGCAUAGAUUUGCUCAUUGCAGCCAUGAUAUAAACGUUGAUACUGAUGCACGUUUUAAUAUCGGCUUGCACCAGAACAUUUGGGGAUCUGUUCUGUUCACAUGUACAGUGUAUUGACUUGUUUCACUAUUUAAAAAACACAUUAGAAGGCUGUGGGUAGGACGAACGUCUACACUGGUGAGGCUAGUACAGGAGGUUGGAGUUCAUGCAGGAAGAAUAUGAUUUUGUUUCUUUGCUUGUUCAUGUUUACAAAAAGAAACUGAGACUGAUUAUUGUCCUGAAAGACAGGCAGUAUCCGAGACUUAGAAUUUCCAGAGUUACCUUAUGCUAACUUGCGCUUGUAUUUUAAACAGUUAACUAUGUUUUCAGUCUUAACACUAUAUUUUUACUAUUAUUAUUAUUAUUGUUAUUGUCCAGUAAGACUUUCCACUUUUUUUUCCCAUUACAUUGCUUAGUGUAAGUGCUUGUUUUUGACAUGUGAUCUGCUUUUGUACUGGGUCCUGUAUUUUAACAUAAAAUAUGUUGCAUAUUUGAGUCCGCUGCCAUAAAUAUAUACCAUUUUCAUAAUGAAUCAUUAAAAAAAAUUCUUUAAAAUUGUACUGUAUUAAAUAUAGAUGUGACCAUGGAACAAAGUUUGAAGAUGUUUUACAAACCAGAUUUGUGUAACAAGUGAAGUGCAGGAUUUUUUUUUUUUUCAGUCAUAGCUUCUAUUUCUUAAUACAUACCUCCAACCAAUAUACAGUCUGUAAGAAUCAUGACUUUAUAAAGCUUUAGCCUGAUCAUAAUGCUUAGCUUGAAUAUGUUGACCAUUUUUCAUUGAAUACAGCUUUUUCCUGUGUUUGAUAUUUAAUGUAAUUUCCGUUUAUUUAAUCAUGAUUAAAUAAUGAGAUAAUUUGUGUAUUGUUGUAUGACAAUCCUAAGAAUUAACUGUGAAAUUAAAGUGGGACCUGAAAAUCA